UUCCCUUUAUUUUCACUCUCUUUCUCUUCUCUUUUCCCCUUUACUUUCCCUCUCAUCCCAUUCAAUUUCCCUUUUUUCCCACCACCACCAUUUCCCCCGUGACCAUUAUCUCUCUUCACCUCCAUUAAACACCACUCCCUUCUUCUCAUGUUUUCCCCUUCUAUACUCUUCCUCCUUCACCACCACCACUCUCCAUCAAAUUAUGCGCUCCCCGCAAUCUCAUCUUCGCAACGGCGAACCCGAUAACCUCUCUCCUCCACCCCCACCACCGCGUAACAACCACAACAAUUUCCCUCCUUCGCCUCACGAUAUCCGUUUCCAGUCUACCCUUUCAGUUCACAAACUUAAACGAUUUAACUCGUUGAUUUUGGUCUUUCGUAUUGCUACCUUCGUCUUUUCUUUGUCGUCCUUCGUCUUUAUGCUUACUAACUCCCGCUCUUCUCCUCCUCACUGGUUCGAUUUUGAUGCUUUUAGGUUUGUGUUGGCGGCGAAUGGAAUUGUAGCGGUGUAUUCAUUGGUGGAGAUGGUGGCGGCAGUUUGGGAAAUAACAACGGGUGCUACACUUUUUCCUGAGGUUUAUCAAGUUUGGUUCGAUUUUGGUCAUGAUCAGGUUUUUGCAUACAUGCUACUAUCAGCAAACUCAGCAGGAACGGCAUUGGUAAAGACAUUGAAAGGUACGGACACGUGUACGGUUACGAGUGCAUUCUGUGUGCAAUCCGACAUAUCUAUAGCCCUUGGAUUUGCUGGAUUUCUAUUCCUCGGCUUCUCCUCCUUGAUGUCUGGUUUUCGAGUUGCCUGCUUUGUAAUCAACGGUUCUCGUUUUCAUCUUUAAUUUCAUCUUUUUUUUUCUUCUUUUCACAUUUGUAUUAAUUAUUUGUAUCAAUUAUUACUCCCUUAGUUUCAUAAUAUAAGGCAUUUCACACUUGAUACUAAAUUUUGAUCAUAAAUUAGAAAGAAAAAAAAAAAAAAAAAAGCCUAUGAAAUUUACUUUGUACAAGGAGUGUAUGCAUUGUAUUUCUAAUUAAUAGAUUGCAUCAAAAAUUAUAUGAUGAAAAAUAAGGGAGUAAAUGAUUUUGUGUAUGCUUUAUAAAUUUUAGAUUAGAUUAGAAUAGAAUCUUUAGGUGAGACAGAAAUGAUUCUGUUCACAUUUUCUUUCUAUCCUUAGAAUCUAUUUUUUAGGAAGAUUGAAGAGUGGGAUGUGCUUAGGACGAGUUGUUGAAAACUUCUUGGUUUGUUGUGCAUAUGAGGUUAGAAUUUGGUGAAGUGAGAGUAGUAUAUAAAGUUUGUUUUUGCAAAGGGAUUUUUGUUCCACCUAUUUUUAUGCCUUAUUUCUUUACUUUGUACACAUGAGGUUGUAAAUACAUUUUUUAAAUCUACAAAU